AACGAUCAUUUGAAUCAAUGAUCAUGCCAGUGACACCGAGAACUAAAAAUUAAAACACCAUAGGCUACUAAUUACUUGUUUAGCAAGGUGGACCCUGCAAUCAUAGACUGGUGUCACUGGCGCCUGGGAAAAAAAAUGUUGCAUUGACUUCCGAGGGUUCCGCUGUCGUCACCGCGUCCACGUCAGGUCAGACAAACAUCGAUACCUAAUCAUUAGCCCAUCACGCGUCUGACUUUCUCUACUUUCCAUUAUCACUGCACGCCCCUAUUUCGGCACCUGUCUACGCUUCAUUCCAGCCAAAGCAUUCCAUCAAAGUAGCAUCAUGUCGAGAUUUACAAGCCUGUACCUCAGGGUGCCGCGUCCCAGGACGCUGUUCGGCAUCAUCAGCCUCCAGACGGCGACCGAGCUGAUCUGCCUCGCUCUCGCUUUCAACAAGGUCACCGGCGUCUAUGGCCUCCUCGCGAUCUUGACCGGGUACCAGCUGUCGCUGAUGCAACUGUCGACGUACCUGUACUCUAUCGCGGUCCUGGUCGCGCUGGUGUAUCUCAUGCCACACAUUCGACGACAGUCGCCCGUGGAGUGUCUCGCGCUCGCAUGGCUGUACAUGUCGGACACGCUGCUCAACAUAUUUUCUACGGUUGUCUUUGGUCUGGAGUGGUACUUUGCCAGCGGCGCGAGCGAGAACCCGGAGAACAUUCCUGCGAUGGUCAAGGAGGGCAUGGAGACGCUGCAGAAGGAAGCGGCCCAACACGGCUCUGCCGUGGCGCAGGAGACGGCAUUUAGCAUGGCCAUGAUCGCGUCGCUCACGCUCGUGCGCGUGUACUUUGGCUUUGUGGUCAUGGCGUUUGCGCGCGAGGUUGUUCAGCGCCACAUGCAGAUCGUGGUGAUGGAGGCGCCAGUGUACGUGGACCAGACUUCGGACGGGCCAUUUGGUGAAGGUCUCCCCGACGGCGAGGGUCGUAGGGGACGCCUCGGACGCAUGAUGGUCAGGUAUGGCAAUGGCUAUUGGCUGGACCAGGAAGUGUUCCGCGAAGGCAACCACAAGCUGGAGCAGGCAUGAUUGCUGGCGGAGGGUCUGAACUUUGGAAGAGAGAAGCAAACCGAUGGUAGUUUCCGAUGUAAUGUGUACAGCAUAGUUGAUACCUAGCGAGCGACGACAGUGGCCUUGCCAUGAAGCGAAGGGACGGGCGGUAAGCCGGUCGGGGCGGGACGUAUGG